AUUAUUAAACCUAGAAUUUUCACUGAAGCCGCCACCACCUAGGGUUUCUAGCGGCGAUAGGAGAGAGAGGGAGAGAGAGAUCUAGAGAAGUGAAGCAAAAUGGUGAAGUUCUUGAAGCAGAACAAGGCCGUGAUCCUCCUUCAAGGCCGAUACGCCGGAAAGAAGGCCGUCAUCAUCCGCUCCUUCGACGACGGAAACCGUGAGCGUCCUUACGGCCACUGCCUCGUCGCCGGACUCAAAAAGUACCCGAGCAAGGUCAUCCGCAAGGACUCGGCCAAGAAGACGGCGAAGAAAUCUAGGGUCAAGUGUUUCAUCAAGGUAGUUAACUACCAGCAUCUGAUGCCUACGCGUUACACCCUCGACGUGGAUCUCAAGGAAGUGGCGACCCUCGAGGCUCUUUCGUCAAAGGACAAGAAGGUGGCGGCUCUCAAGGAGGCUAAGGCUAAGCUCGAGGAGAGGUUCAAGACCGGCAAGAACAGGUGGUUCUUCACCAAGCUCAGGUUCUGAAGACGUUUUGAUCUUCUUUUUUAUUAAUUGUUGAUUGAAUUUUUCAGCGUCAUUUUCGUUUCUACUGUUGAACAAUGUUGAUCUUGUUUUGGAAGAUGAAAGAUCUUUUCUCGGAAUUUUUUUUUUUAAUUUUGAUUAUUUACAUGUUCAUUUCCUUUGAAUGAUCUGCUUAAGUUUACAAAAUGUUAGUUCA